UCUCUUUCUCUCUCAAGUAAUCAAAGUUGGUUAACAAAACAAAAAAAGUCGCUCUCUUUCUCAUAAAAAUCUCGCCUUUUUUUUCUCCAGAAACCCAUACGCAAACAUCCUCUACGUGUUCUCCUUUCACGAUUUUCUCGAAUUUUCUCGCUUUAUCCUUUUUAAAAUCUUGUUUUUAAACUCUUCUCGAACCUCUCCUGUCCUAACCAUUCUCGGUUACUCAAAAAAACCCGUUCAGUUCUGAGUGGUAAUAAAAACAUCUUAAAAUUAAAAAAAAAAAAAAAAAAACCGUUUCGUAAAGGUUCGCUUUUUGCAUCUGUUUUCAGUUUCUUCUGUGAACUCUCUCUCUCUUGAUCCGCAACGAUUCAUGGACUUCUAAGCCAAGAAACCCACCAUGGAUAUGGAAUCAGGAACUUAUCAGAACAUCGUCAAGAAGGAAUCAUGGAGAACAGUGCUGACAUUAGCCUACCAGAGCUUAGGCGUCGUCUACGGAGACUUGAGCACGUCACCUCUCUACGUCUACAAAAGCACAUUCGCAGAAGACAUCCACCACACAGAGUCCAACGACGAGAUCUUCGGCGUCUUGUCCUUCAUCUUCUGGACCAUCACCCUCGUCCCUCUCUUCAAAUACGUCUUCAUAGUCCUCAGGGCCGACGACAACGGCGAAGGUGGCACUUUCGCUCUCUACUCCCUCCUCUGCCGCCACGCAAGAGUCAACUCCCUCCCGAGCUGCCAGCUGGCGGACGAGCAGCUCGCCGAGUACAACAACGGAUCGUCGGAGAUGAUGAUGACGACGACUCGGUCGAGGUUGAAGUGUGCGCUUGAGAAGCACAGAGUGUUGCAGAAGGUUUUGCUCGUGUUGGCUUUGAUUGGGACUUGUAUGGUGAUCGGUGACGGUGUCCUAACGCCUGCGAUUUCAGUUUUUUCCGCAGUGUCUGGUGUUGAGCUUUCAACGGCCAAGGAGCAUCACAAGUAUAUAGAAGUCCCAGCUGCUUGUGUCAUUCUGAUAGGUUUGUUUGCGCUUCAGCAUUACGGCACACACCGGGUCGGGUUCUUGUUCGCCCCGGUGAUCCUCUUGUGGCUAAUGUGCAUCAGCGCCAUCGGUGUAUACAACAUUCUCCAUUGGAACCCGAAUGUGUAUCAAGCCCUCUCUCCUUAUUACAUGUACAAGUUCCUCAAGAAAACUCAGAGCAGAGGCUGGAUGUCUCUCGGUGGGAUCUUGCUCUGCAUCACAGGCUCUGAAGCCAUGUUUGCUGAUCUCGGUCACUUCUCUCAGCUCUCGAUCCAGAUUGCUUUCACGUCGCUCGUUUACCCGUCUUUGAUACUAGCCUACAUGGGACAAGCGGCUUACCUCUCUCAGCAUCAUGGUAUUGAGAGCGAGUACAAUAUCGGGUUCUAUGUGUCUGUGCCGGAGAAGCUGAGAUGGCCUGUUCUUGCGAUUGCGAUACUGGCUGCUGUUGUUGGAAGCCAAGCUAUUAUCACUGGAACGUUCUCGAUUAUUAAGCAGUGCUCUGCUUUGGGAUGCUUCCCUAAAGUGAAGAUUGUUCAUACCUCGUCCAAGAUCCAUGGUCAGAUUUAUAUACCCGAGAUUAACUGGAUCUUGAUGGUACUAUGUUUAGCUGUCACCAUUGGUUUCAGAGACACAAGGCGUUUGGGUAAUGCUUCAGGUUUGGCGGUUAUAACCGUUAUGCUGGUGACGACAUGCCUGAUGUCACUAGUGAUUGUGCUCUGCUGGCACAAGAACAUCCUCUACGCGAUCGCCUUCGUCGUCUUUUUCGGCACGAUCGAGUCACUCUACUUCUCGGCUUCCCUCAUCAAGUUCCUCGAAGGCGCGUGGGUCCCAAUCGCUCUCUCCCUAUGCUUCCUCGCCGUGAUGUGCACGUGGCACUACGGGACGCUCAAGCGGUACGAGUUCGACGUCCAGAACAAAGUCUCCGUCAACUGGCUACUCAGCCUCGGACAAACCCUUGGGAUCAAACGAGUACGCGGCAUCGGGCUCGUGCACACGGAGCUCGUCACCGGCGUGCCGGCCAUCUUCUCUCAUUUCGUGACCAACCUCCCAGCUUUCCAUCAGGUUCUUGUUUUCCUCUGCGUCAAAUCCGUUCCCGUGCCGCAUGUGCGGCCUGAGGAACGGUUUCUUGUGGGCCGAGUUGGGCCGAAGCAGUUUAGAAUGUACCGUUGCAUCGUGCGGUAUGGGUACCGCGAUGUUCAUAAAGACGACAUCGAGUUCGAAGGCGAACUUGUGUGUAGCAUAGCCGAGUUUGUGCGUUCGGAAGCUGAAACCGCUGUCGUGGAGACCAAUGGGGAGGAUGAGAGAAUGUCGGUGGUCGGAACUUGUUCAACGUACAUGCAAGGAGUCGAGGAUCACGAGGGGAGCGAUCUUGAUGACCCGGGGACGUCAGAGAUUCUAUCACCGAAGGGUAAGAAGAAGAAGAGUAAGGUCAAGAAGAAAGUGAGGUUUGUGGUGCCGGAGACUCCGAAGAUAGAGAAGGAGACGAGAGAGGAGCUGAUGGAGCUGACGGAGGCGCGUGAGGGAGGCGUGGCUUAUAUAAUGGGGAACGCGUAUAUGAGGGCGAAGCAUGGAUCAGGGUUGGUGAAGAGACUCGCUAUUAACGUGGGGUACGAGUUUCUUAGGAGGAACACUAGAGGUCCAAGAACCGCGUUGACCUCGCCUUAUGCGUCGACGAUAGAAGUUGGUAUGAUCUACCAUGUCUAAAGAGGGUAUUUUCGUAUUUUGCCUUUGUACAUGAUCAAUGAUUUUGUUGUAUGGUAUUUUGCCUGAAAGUGGAUUAGAUUAUACAGAUCAAGAAGUUUUGUCAUUUGUA